AUGGCCCAAAAAGUGGCCUGCACCUAUCCUCCAGAGUUAAGCCAUCACCGUCGUCAGGUCAGUUUGGCGAUUUCCGACACCGAAGUCGAUUUACCUGAUGAUCUGGAGUCCCGAUAUCCCCAACUCGGUUCGGCGAUUUCCGACGCCGAGCUUGAUUUCCCUGAUAGUCUAGGGUCUCAAUAUCCCCAACCCGGUUCGAAUGCUUCAGUGGUCCCUUUGGAGAGUCUCGGUCACUGUCAGCUUGCACAGAAGGAUCCUUCCUCGGAGUUGCCGCAAUAUAAUAUAUGCGAGGAAAGCACAGAACUCGAAGGUUUCGCCGCAAGCUCAGCGAACCUCGCCCUGGAUUCGACGUGGCAGAACAUGUGGCUCAGCAACCUCGACAGUACGUCGGCAUUGAUAACGAAUCGUGACCCAGCCCUCCACUUUCAGUUCCUUAUUCGUUUUGCGAAGAACCGAGGCCUUGCAGACACAUUUGAGAUUGGCAAAUUCACUCCGGAUGCUCAACAAUCAUCUUGCGGUCGUCAGAAUGUCGAAGCACGGGAUUACGGCCUUGGGUUAUCCAAGGGACAGGUCGCAUCAGAGACCAGUCCAACAGAAUUGAGCCAGCUUGCACAAGAUCGGACACUCAUAAUUCAGUUUUCAACUGGGGAUCCAAGCCUGAGAACUUUGUGCAAUGACCCGCUUCUGAUGAAGACUAUGGAAAUAUGUAAUGGACUCAAAACGACACUGGCGAACAAAUCAGUGAAUUCGGCGUUGUCAAUGGAAUGGUCCCCCCUGACCGAGGCCAUGGCCCAGCAAUUUUUCUGCCCAUCGAACCUGAGAUCUUUCAUGCAGAGAUAUUGGACAUUGUGGCAUCCCCACUGGCCUUGUAUACAUAGGCCUACAUUUUGUUAUCGUACAACUGCAAGCACACUUCUAGCAGCUCUUGUUCUGAUUGGGGCUAGCCUUUCAUCACACAGCCAUGAUCGUGACAAUGCUAGCAUCUGGUUUGACGUGGUUGAGGAGUGGGUAUUCAACGAUCCAUACGUGUCGUCGGUGGCGACAGGCCGGGACGACCAGCAUCUCUUUGAGAAGGACGAAGUUGGAAAGAUUCAAGCUCUUCAAUCCACCUAUGCGGUUUUCAUCUACCAAUAUUGGCAGGGCCGAGAAUCUGCGAAGACAAGAGUCCGUCGAGUUCGAUUUAAUGUACUGGUCGGGAUCAUGAGAGACAUUGGCGCCGGCAAAGCACAACAUGUACAGGUUCCCCCGUUUAGUCAGGAACGCUUUGACUGGAGAGAAUUUGUCAAGACCGAGGAGUUAAUACGACUCAUGACGUUUGUGUUUGUUAUGGACACUGGCCUUACCACCUGGCACAACACUCCUACAAAGCUCGUCCUCCGCGAACUAGAGAUGGCACCUGCGUGUCCUGAGCUGUGUUUUCAGGCAGAGUCAGCUGCUGGAUGCGCGGACAAACUCAACGCCUGA